GAGCAGCAAGGAUAAAAGAGUGCGCGUAUGUUAUGUUACAAAACACCGAGUUGGUUGAAUAAGGAGGAAACGUGGUGGGCUUUGCACGUGCAUGUUACCAGUCGUUGUGUUGUUGGAUAUCCUUGGCGCAUAUUAUAGGCUUUCAUUCAAAAUUGAUAGUCAGUGUCGCUCUGAGUCUGUAAUGUGAGUAGACCAUAGAACAUAUGGACUUUGUUUAUUUGUUUAUUUUUUUUACCCUGGGAUAAUUAUUGAACGGAAUCGAUGCUGUUGGUUUGGUUAGAAGUUAACGGGAUUGGUUAUCUUUUGGAUGUAUGAUACAGUGAAACGCUGCACCGGUAACUGUGUAAAGGAAAAGCCGUCAAGGCCCUCCAAUCGCUUUCAAACCACGAUGGAGGUCGGCGCCGGAGAUCCAAAGACGCCCCCCGGUGAGGGAGAUUAUGCUCUGAACCCCUUAGAUCUCAAAGUGGUCGCCGAGAGAACCGUGGGCGCAGAGGCGCAGAGACCCACAUGGAGUGGGCGGCUGGACUUCAUUCUGGCCACGGUGGGGUACGCGGUGGGACUGGGCAAUGUCUGGAGGUUCCCCUACCUGUGCUACAGCAGCGGUGGAGGUGCCUUCAUGAUCCCCUAUUUCACCAUGAUGUUCCUGUGUGGCAUUCCUCUGCUCUUCAUGGAGUUUUCCAUUGGGCAGUACACUCGUUUAGGGCCAGUGCACACUCUCGCCAAAAUCUGUCCCUUGUUAAAAGGUGUUGGCCUGGCCACAGUUGUUAUCUCCUUUGUGUUCUCCACGUACUACAAUGUGCUCUUGAGCUGGGCGCUUUACUAUUUCUUUAACUCGUUCGGAGCGACCCUCCCCUGGACGUCCUGCAACAACACCUGGAACGCUGUCGGAAACUGUUCCAGUGGUUUCGCCGGCAACAGCACACACCUGCAGUCGGCCAGCCAACAGUUCUUUGAUCACAGCCUUCUGCAGAAAACCAGUGGCAUUGAAGAAUCUGGUGGCAUAUGCUGGGAACUCUUCGGCUAUCUAAUUCUUUCCUGGGUCAUCGUGUAUUUAUGCAUAUUUAAAGGAAUCAAAUCCACUGGCAAGGUUGUGUAUUUCACCACUGUAUUUCCGUACUUCGUCCUGUUUGCCCUGCUCAUCAAUAAUGUGCAGCUUCCGGGAGCCAAGAAUGGUAUCCUCUACUUUGUGACGCCUGUCUGGGGCAAACUGUUUGAAGUACAGGUCUGGGUUAAUGCCGCUGCUCAGGUGUUUAACUCUAUCGGAAUAGCAUUUGGCUCCAUGAUUUCGAUGGCUAGUUACAACAAGUUCAGCAACAACAUUAUGAGGGACGCUUUAAUUGUAGUAAUUGCCAACUCAUUCACUAGUAUCCUGGCUGGCUUUGUGAUCUUCUCAGCUAUUGGCUACAUGGCUCAUAUACAUAACCUCCCAGUGGAAAACAUAGCUACAGAUGGUCCUGGUUUGGUGUUUGUUGUGUACCCUGAAGUCCUCUCCACCAUGCCCGUCUUUCAGCUGUGGGCCCCUCUGUUCUUCUUUAUGCUGCUGUCUCUGGGCCUGGACAGCCAGUUUGCCAACAUUGAGGUGGCUAUAACGUUCAUAAAAGAUGAGUUUGGCCCACAAGUUCUGCGUUUCCUAAAGAGAGAGGAGCUGCUGACCCUGGUUAUGUGCAUCAUUGGCUUUAUCCUGGGGAUUCCUCAUGUAACCAAGGGAGGCAUCUAUGUGUUUCAGCUGAUGGACCACUACACCGCUGUGGUCUCCCUCGUGUUCCUGGCUUUCUUUGAAAUUGUCGCUGUAUGUUGGAUCUUUGGUGUCCCACGGCUCUGCCUAAUGGUCAACAGGAUGCAUGGAAAAACUCCAAACAUCUACUUUCGUGUGUGUUGGCUGCUGCUGUCUCCUCUAUUGGUGCUGUGUAUACUGAUCUUCAGCAUGGUCCAAUACACUCCUGCUCACUAUGGGAAGUACACAUACCCAGGGUGGGCUGAAGGGGUGGGCUGGGGCAUCUCACUGGUCUCCAUUGUGUGGAUCCCGCUCGGAGCCAUUCAAGAGAUCUGUAGCCACAAAGGCUCACUUCUACAGCGACUUAAAACAGCUAUCAUUUCCACAAUCGACCUGGAUGCUGACGAUCCUUUGCCGGAAAAACAAAACCUAGAAAACCCGGCGUCGGAAACCUUGUUUACUUCAGUGGCAUGACAAAGCCAAGUCUGUGCGUCUCUGCAUACCAAACCCGGUGGAAGGGUUUUUAACCAAAGGUACUGUUUAGUGGUGGAAUGAAACAUAUUUACACUGAAAUACACAAUCUUUAAGUUUCUAUCAUAAAACUAUAAUUUUAUCCUAUUUGUUCUACCAAAGAAGAGCUUCGUUACUGCAUCUUAAGCCUUCUGCACAUGUGUAGUGCUUUAACAAGCUGCAGUUGACUUCAAUAGCAUAACUUUUUUUUACCUUGUACAAAAUAUAUAAUGAAAAUCUGAGAUGUUGUCCACCAAAUAAAAGGUUAAUUUAAAUUAAUUUAAUUUGAACGAAAGAUUGAACUUUAAAUUAUUAUUAUUUUCCCCCCUUUGGUUGAUUAAUCAGUAAAAAAAUGCCUGGUGUAUGCAGUGUUGUUUCCUAUUGAAAUGUGUAAAUAAGAGUGUAUUGUGUAUCUAUGGUAGAGGUUAUUAGAGGCGUAUUAACCCUUUUAGCAAAUUUAGCUGGAGACCAAAUCCUUGCAGGCCGCUGAAAUGCAGCCUUUGGCCGAGUUAUGUUGCCUUUAAACCCCUAAAACUGUACGUUUUAUUGUUCAAUGCAGCGUUCAGGCAAUCCUUUUCUUUUCGUAAAGUGAGUACUUUGCUUGGUUUUGGUGGUCAGCACCUGGAAUGGCCCAAUAAAAACAUGGCAAUGUGUAAUAGAAACUGAACAUAACCUCUCCACUGUUUGUUGUUGAUGGCAGCCUGACAUGUUGUUAAUCCGAAGACAUAACGGAAAAAAAUGAUGAAGGUCAAUGUAAAAAUGUGCUUAUCUUUAGAACACUGUUGCUGGUUGUCUUGUGAAACAGCAAUCUGUUCCAGUUUGUCACUGCAUUUUACACGUCAGCUGCCAGUACAAACUUCUUGUUUCUACUUUAUGAUUGACGUGGACUGCCUGAACGCAUCAUUAGUUUUGACCUCUGAGUGGCGAGACUGUCUCAGUUUGGAGGAGCAGGUUCGGGUGGUCUGUAACAUGAGGGCCUUCAGAGGACCCGGCCUCUGACCUGGGACACGGCUUGUGUUUCAGCCUGAAUAGAAGGGACAAUGACACUUGAGCGUUUGGAUAUAUUUAAGCAUUUUAACCUUCCAGUGCCCGACGAGCCUUCAAGUGAACACACAUAAGCUGAUGUGUUCAAAUAAAAACUGAAAGCACAAACAGAACCAGACAAACAGAAUCUUCUCCCAAAUACAGACAAACAUGUUUUACAUGCAUUUUAAUUGUGGAUUCCUCAAUUUUUUCAAUGCAAUUUGCUUCAAAGCUUGAGAAAGUCUAUACAGCACAUAUGAGGACAUAUCUUGUCUGAUCACUACAGGUUGAUGACUGAGUUAAUAUUAUUUUUCAGCAAUGCUUUAGGCAUUGUUGUGAACUACCGUGGAGAUUUUCUGAGAUUAUAACUGGUGCCUUUGAUCUGCUUUUAUAAAGCUGAAUUGGGCUAAUGAGGGUAGCUAAUCUUUAUCUGGUGUUCUUACUGACUGUUUCAUCUCACACUUCUGAACAGAGAAAGAAGCCAAAAGAUUCACUUCAGUGGAAAAAUCAUUUAUUUUAAAUCAAGCUUUAACUUUGAGAUUGUUCACCGGUGUUAGGUAUUAUGUUUUUUGUUUUUUUUUAAAUGAUUGACCUCCUGUCUCAUCGUCAUAGUUAUACUGACAUUGUACCGGAUCCAAAUUAUGUCUAACACUGGUAGACAAGGGUUCAGCCAGUGUUGGACAGUGAGUUGAAGUGUACAUUUUGGGUUAAUAUGUAGUUGACCUAUACCUAUGCUGGAAAAUAUCAGAGGAGAUAUGUGUACUGUGAAUAGGAAAGUCACACUUUGUUGCGAGAUUGUCUAAAAUGGUGUGCCCUACUUUGGGUUAUUGGCCUUUUCUGUCUCACUAGGUAGCUUAUCAAACAAGCCCUCACGUAGAAGUGCCUUUUUAAGUACUGAUAACAUGCUCUGAUCAAAUCGAAUGCUCAAAACACCGGAGUAUUAAUCUAAAAUUGUGCAAGGAACAAUGUAAUACUUUCCUUAAGGAUGAUGGAUGCAUUUUACACUGUAUGUCAAUUUAAAAGUUGAAAAUGCUGUCACUACACUUUUGUAAUUGUUUUAAUAUUUGUGCAAGAACCUAACCUGCAGGUCAAAAAAAACCUCAUUGAUCUGAGGCUUAAAAGGUCAAUUUUUGAAAAUCUUCCCAAGAGAAGCAUCAUGAAACUCAAUGUUACCUGCCUCAAGUGCCUUUCGUGAAAAUAUUUUUAGAUAAUCUAUGGUGAAUUUGUUUAAGAUGUUGCAUUUAUAUGGUGUUGUUAUUGUAAGCUGCAUUAUCUUGCUUUAUGUUAUGAAUUGCAUCGGUUGUUUAAAUGUGCAUUUAGGAUUUUGAAGCACUUUUACAACAUAAUAGGUCACUGUUUACUGUUUUUAGUAAUUGGACUUUUAAUAUGAAUUAAAUACAGAAUUUAAUGGGCUAUUAACAGAAGUACACUUUCAAAACAGCUUGUUUAGAAAUGUUCAAAGUCUGGGUUAUUUGAAAAAAGAAGGUAUUGUGCAACCAUGUGCCUUGUGCUGAAAUUGUCUGUUUUCAUCUUAACCAAGCACUGAUGAUUUCACCGAUACAUUCCAGAUGAUCCUCUAAAUGAGUGAAGUCAGCCGCUGCAGUUUGUGCCUGAAUAUAAACCUGCAGAAUCUCUUUGAUCCAUGAGACAAGACUGUUCAUCCCUCAUUUCAAAUAACCCCUAAUAAUAUACAAGCACAUUCACAGUUCGUGUCUUUUGGUGCUAUGCUAUUUGUUAGUUCUUUGUGACUGCAGUGAAAGCUGCAGCGUUCUCUCACAUUCACACACUGCAACAGUGAACAUGCUCAUCACGCUUAAUGCAAAAUAUAUAUAUCUAUUUUUAAGGCGAGAGGUUUUUUUAUUUUUAAAUUCAAGGCUCAGACGUGUUUUUAUCAUGUUUUAUGUUCGUUAAACAAAAUCCUACUUUACUGAAUUUAAUUUUUCUUUUUCAUGUCAGCAAAUAUGUUUAAUUUUUUGUUAUUGUUUUUAUCAAGAUUCUACUGUGUUGAUUUGUGGUGUCUUUACAUUUUGUCAAAUAAAAAGCUCUGGUGUCAGUGAAUAACUGCAAAUAUUAGCGUCAUCUGGAUCACUACCUCAGAGAGUCACUGGGUGGCAGCAUUGCAGCAGAAAAUGCACCACCAACACCAACGCUGCUUUAUUUGUUGUAUUAAAAUAUAUAUAUAUUUUAAGGUCCUUUACUUGUUUUUAAAGCUCUAAAUGGUUUGGGAAUGGCCUACAUUCACACUCACAUUGCCUUCAUGAGCUCUCAGAUCUCUCAGAUCUUCUACAUUUCACUUACAUUUCUUAGCAUCUAGUGUCUUUUUAUUGUCUAAUUUAAUCUAAUUUUCUGCCCUUGUUGAAUGUUUUUUUAGAGAACAUCUCUUGUAUGAAAAGAGUUAUUAUUAUUAUUAGCUUUAAAUGGUUUGAUCACAACAUAUAUUUCAACAUGGGGGAAUUAAAGCAACACUCAAAUGUGUUUGAUAGUAUGUUGAUAGCAGAUCUGCUCUAUUGCUUUAGUCUUUUUUUAACUGUCGGUUUGUUUUUUGUUUUGUAUUUCUAAUUUAAUACAAGAUUGAAUACAACUUUUCAGAAUGAUUGCGUUCAGAACAACGUUCCCCAUCAUGUUCUUCCUCGUCAGCAUAAUGAUGUCCUCAUGUUAUAGUAAAAAACAAGGUAUUACUACAGUAUGAUUUGCUGCUACUAUAUGAUUUUUUCGAUAAUGUAUUAAAUGUUGUUAUAUGCUAUUGGCAAUGGAACAGUGAGACAUUUUUAUGCACUAAGGGAGUAUAUAUGGAAUUGGGUUGAUGCUUUAAUUUACAGUAAACUGCCUAGCAGCACCAUUAGUACAUGUACUGUGCUUUUAAGAAUUGAUGACUGCACUUGGAACUGAAUCACAUCUACUGUCUCAGUGUGGUCAACACUGCAGAGAAAAUAUGAGUGUGCAAGACAAAUCUAAAUGCAAGGCUGUAAGAGCUUGGGAAGUUAAUUAGACCCCUUUGUCGUGGAGUGGUGCAGCAGCAGCGCCCUGAGCAGAACUGUACGUUAAUCAAUACCCCCGUCCUGCUUCCCUCAUGACAGACCGGAUCAUGGGCACUAAAUUAGCGCUGGGAGUGCUGGUGGAUCAAUAGCCAUAGACAGGGCAGCACGAAGGCCAGUAGAUGAAUACAUGGCAGAGGGGAAGUGUUUGUGAGCCUAAAUGAGCAACGAAGAGGGAGAUGGGUCACUGUCUGACUCCUGUUGUGGGGUGUGAAGAUGUUUAACUGUGCCAGGUAAAGACUUAAACCAGCAGCUACGCUUCAUGUUGGAGAUCUUUCAGAUCUCGUCCGACCUUUCUUGAGUAGAAGCUAAUUGUGCUGUGGUCCAGAAAAUCCACUGAUCAUCGCUGCUCCACAUACAUAAAGCAUCAUGAGUGUAUAAUUACAACUGUGCUUGUAAAAAAAAAAAAAAAGGACAAAAAACGGCCUGUGAAGAAACUUCAAAAGGCAAAGAUUUGGCUUCCUUGUGACAACUUACGGUUUCUUUUACUCCCCCUCCCUGCUGUUCCUCUGUUGCUCCACACUGUUGUUUUUGAUGUUUACUUGCAGUGUACCGUGUGAAGGGAAGCGCAUCCCAUCUGUUUCAAUUUGAGUGAGUGUGCAUGUGUGUGUGUGUGUGUGUGUGUGAAGAUGAUAAAGUAAAGGAAGCAGAGAUCGAGGUGGAUUUCAUACUGCUACUGGUCACAUACUACAUCCAAAGAGGGGAGUUUUCCUUCGUCUUUCUUUCUUCUUCCUUUUUUUCUCCCAGCCUAAGAGUGUUUUUAGGGUGUUUUUCAUGUACCGAUGUGAAGGUCGUGGGUCAGAGGAUGUUGUAAGGAUUGUAAAGCCCUCUGAGGCAAAUUUGUGAUUUUGGGCUUCACAAAAUAAAUUGAAUUGAAUUGAAAGAAUGCACUAAUUGAAAGAAGACACUACUGCAGUAUUUCUAGUGGCCAGUUAAAAGCACCAUCUCAAUAAACUUUUACAGGUGCUAAAUGCAAAACAGAGUGGUAACUGUGCUGACACUGUUAACAGUGUUUACCUGAGUGUAAAUCAGUGGGUGGAGCAGCUGCACUGUCAGUCAGGGCUGCUUUAUCAGCUGUAAACUUCCACAAGAGAUCAGGGCAGAGCAGCAGCCGUGCGCUAACCAGUGGGGCACGCUCACAUGCACUAAUAGUACACGUGGUUGGCCCGCAUAUGUCAACAAAGCAAGGAGAAGCUUGGAUAAUAACACACACAGAGGGAGAGUGACGUCCUCCUCUAUACCUUUACAUAGAUAAUAGUUAUUUGGCUAUUAGUAUUGCAUGAAGCACAUUUUCACUCUGCGGGAACAAAUCUGCAUCACUGCACCCUCAGUGUUCAUUAUAGUUUUGCUCUCUUUUGUGAUUUGUCUUAAAUGCAUUUAUCUGCACAGUCUGCAGGCAGAACCAACAUAUCUGUGCAGCGUGCGGUGACAGUUACCUUUAGUGAGGUGGUGCAAUCAGCAUAUAAAUACAUGCAAAUCAAAAGGCUUGCGGUCGACGAGGACGUAAACUGCUGGUGGCUUCAAUCCCUCUGCUCUUGAAUUAAUUCAACCUGUACCAUAUGCUCAGCCUGUUUGAAGGUUUAACAUGGCAGUCUUUACAUUUAAUAAACACAUGAUUUGUGUGAA